AUGAGUUCAAGAGACGAAAAUAAUCAUCAUCGUUCUUCUCAUCGACAGCAUUCAAAUCGUUCUCAUUCACCUUCACCUACUUCGUUUCGUUCAUCACCAAAACGAAGCAAACACUCUCACCGAUCUGUUCGUUCACCAUCGCCUACUUCAAAACGAACAAGACCCGUCUCUUCACAUCAUCGUCAAAACUCACCUGAAUCAAGUAAUAUCAGAGAUGGUUCUGAAUCAAUUACUGAAUUCAUACAGCCAGAUCCUGUUUCACAGCAGUCCAAUGAUCAGUCAUCACAUUCUCAUAAAAAUGUGUCUGUUAAUUACCUUGAUCAAUUACAUUUGGACUCAUUACCGUGUGCCGAUUAUUAUGAACGUUCAUAUAUGCAUCGUGAUGUUGUUACACACUGUCUGGUAACAAAAACAGAUUUCCUCAUCACUGGUUCAGCUGAUGGUCAUAUUAAAUUUUGGAAAAUAUUAACAGUAGAAUAUGUAAAAAUGCAAGCAACUCUGUCUUCAUAUCAACAACAACAGCAACAACUAUCAGCAUCAUCGAAAGAACAACAAAUAAACGGAGCAAAAGGAAUCAGUGGAGAUGUACAAACAAGUGGUGGACCACUCGAAUUUGUCAAACAUUUUAGAGCACAUUUAGGUGCAAUUCAACAUUUAGCUUGUAAUUGUAUGGGUACAUUGUUAUGUUCAAUAAGUUCCGGUGAUAGAUCAUUGAAGAUAUUUGAUAUUAUUUCAUUUGAUAUGAUAACGAUGGUUAAAUUAGAUUAUCAACCUCUAGCAUGUUCCUGGAUUCACGGUCCACAAGAUCCUCUAUCAACAUUAGCUAUCAGUGACAUGACUUCACCUUUGAUUUACCUCUAUGAUGGAAAAAAUUUGAAUGUCAAAGAACCACUACAUGUUCAGUCAAAAUUAGGUCAUACUCGAUGUGUACAUUUAAUUGAAUAUAAUGAACAAACAGAAUUAGUUGUAUCAUGUGAUAUGGGCGGUAUUGUUAAUUAUUGGUCAGGCAAAGAAUCAUGUCAGUAUGAUAUUCCACCAAAAUUGUGUCAGUUUGAAUCAAAAUUAGAUACGGAUCUAUUUGAAUUCAUUAAACAACAGACAUAUCCAUAUUGUCUAAAAUUUUCACCAAAUGGACUCAUUUUUGCUUGUUUAACACGAACAAUUGAAACACCAAUUACAAAGAAAAAAUUGUAUUUAUUUGAUACAAGACGAGGAAAAAUUAUGAAAAUUUACAACGAGACAAAUGAUGUCUAUCGACAAUUACAAGAUAAAUUACAACAAAAACAACAGCAACUGGCACAAUCGGCAUCGAUAAAUAAACAAGAUGACGAGGAUGAUGUGGAGAAUGAGCAGAUAGAUGAAGAAAGUAAUAAAAUAAUAAAAGAUUCAUCAUCAUCUCAGAAAAUAAUUUCUCAACAGCGUAAAUCAUCAAUUAUUCCUACCAGUGUUUUAAAUAAUGUUGAAUUUAGUCGUCGUUUAACAAUUGAAAAAGAUUUAGAGCGUAAUGAAUAUUCCUAUCAUUUACAAAAUUUAGAAUUUGAUUUAUCUGGAAAUUUUUUAUUUUAUUCUACAUUAUACGGUAUCAAAUUAUUAAAUUUACGUACAAAUCGUUGUAUUAAAUUUUUUGGUACAACUGAAAAUGCACGAUUUUUACAAAUUGGUCUUUAUCAAUAUAGAAAAACAACGUCUGUUGGUGGAAAUACUGGCGGUGGUGCUACCGGUACUUCUGCAAUGUCUACUUUAGAAUCUUUAUUUAUUGAAAAUAGUCAGUCAUUACUGUUACCAUUACGUGCGUUAAGUUCAACUAUUUUAUUUACAACUGCAUAUAGAAAAAAUCGUUUUUAUCUAUUUACACGAUCAAAUCCAUCGGAUGUUAAAACUCAACAUGAAAAUGAUCGUGAUAUUUAUAAUGAACGUCCAUCACGAGAAGAAAUAGCAACAGCUACUGAAGAAGCAACAUAUUCAUCACUCUUAACAACGACAACAGCUUGUAUUCAUACAACUAGUGGUGAUAUUACUUUAAGAUUAUUUCCAGAAUAUUGUCCAAAAACAUGUGAAAAUUUUAUACAACAUUCAAAACAUGGCUACUAUAAUGGUCUUAUAUUUCAUCGAGUUAUCAAACAAUUUAUGCUACAAACAGGUGAUCCACUAGGUAAUGGUACUGGUGGUGAAUCUAUAUGGGGCAAAGAUUUUGAAGAUGAAUUUAAUCCAAAUUUAAAACAUGAUCGACCAUUUACAGUUUCAAUGGCAAAUGCUGGUCCAAAUACGAAUGGUAGUCAAUUUUUUAUUACUGUCAUUCCGUGUCCAUGGUUAGAUAAUAAACAUACGAUUUUUGCUCGUGUUACCAAAGGUAUGGAAGUUGUACAAAAAUUAUCACAAGUUAAAACGGAUCGAUUUGAUAAACCAUUAACAGAAAUAAAAAUUAUUAGUAUAUCAAUUAAAUAG